CUUGGAGACUUGGUGUCCUUUACGCACACAUCUGGGCCGUGCGUCCUGGCGCAUCCAUCCACAUCCAGAGUCUGCCAGCGAACACCAGCAGAGUAAAUGACUGUGUGGAACUUUUGAUCUGGACUCCGGUUCUAUGAUUUCUCUCCCGCUGGCUGCUCGGCGUUAAAUGCUGCGGCUCCUCUCUGCUUCUGGAGCUGGUGCGUAUUCAACGGUUCGGUGCGUGGCUGACUCCUGCUCCCAGAGUCUCUCCGGGCGGACAUGUCGGGACAGAAACCGUCGCUGAGGACCGGCUCCCCUCAGAGCCGCUUCCAGGUGGAUGUGGUGACGGAGGGGUCCUCCGCGGCUCCGGCUCCGGCCCCGGGCUCCACCGACGGAUCCCGGCCUCCAGAGGAGUCCAAAGGCCGGUUCCGGGUGGUGGGUUUCAUGGAUCCGGGCGCGUUGGGCAGCGCCAUGGACAUCGGGCUCCCGCCUGAUGUGUCCCACGAACCGGACACGGCGAAGAGCGACUCGGUGAGCCUCCACUCAACCGGUACCGGACACACUCACAUCUCCGACUCCCACUCCAACACCUACUACAUGCGGACGUUCGGACACAACACCAUCGACGCGGUGCCGAACAUAGACUUCUACCGGCAGACGGCUGCGCCUCUGGGGGAGAAGCUGACCAGACCGUCGCUGUCGGAGCUGCACGACGAACUCGACAAAGAGCCCUUUGAGGAAGGUCUGGCCAAUGGGGAGGAGCCGUCGGCAGCCGAGGAGGCGGCGGCUUUGGCGGCGAAGGAGGCGAAAGGAGGAACUAUCAAGUUUGGUUGGGUCAAAGGAGUCCUGAUCCGCUGCAUGCUGAAUAUCUGGGGUGUGAUGCUCUUCAUCAGAAUGUCCUGGAUCGUCGGACAGGCUGGAAUCGGACUGACCAUUGCGAUCAUCCUGAUGGCCACUGUGGUCACCACCAUCACCGGUCUGUCUACCUCUGCUAUAGCAACCAAUGGCUUCGUACGAGGAGGUGGGGCGUACUACCUGAUCUCCAGGAGUCUGGGGCCUGAGUUUGGAGGCUCUAUCGGCCUCAUCUUCGCCUUCGCCAACGCCGUGGCUGUGGCCAUGUAUGUUGUAGGCUUUGCUGAGACCGUCGUCGAGAUGCUUAAUGACGUUGACGCCCUGAUGACUGACGAACUGAAUGACAUUCGUAUCGUCGGGACUCUGACCGUCAUCCUGCUGCUGGGAAUCUCUGUAGCUGGGAUGGAGUGGGAAGCCAAGGCUCAGAUUGUCCUCCUGGUGAUCCUGCUGGGAGCCAUCGCUAACUACUUCAUAGGAACCUUCAUGCCAGCAGAAAGCAAAGAGCCCAAAGGGUUCUUUGGCUACCACACUGCCAUCCUUUUUGAGAAUUUCGGUCCAGACUUCAGAGAAGACGAGACAUUCUUCUCGGUGUUUGCUAUUUUCUUCCCUGCAGCCACUGGGAUUCUGGCUGGAGCCAACAUCUCUGGAGACCUCACUGACCCUCAGUCGGCGAUCCCUAAGGGCACCCUGCUGGCCAUCCUUAUCACAGGACUCACCUACGUGGCCGUUGCAUUCUCUACAGGUUCCUGCAUUGUCAGAGAUGCUACGGGUGACCACAACGACACCAUUAGCGACACCGUAAACUGUACAGACGCUGCCUGUACGCUGGGCUACGACUUCUCCAUCUGUAAGGAGGGCGGAUGUCAGUACGGCCUCAUGAACGACUUCCAGGUGAUGAGUUUGGUGUCGGGCUUCGGUCCUCUGAUCACUGCUGGGAUAUUUUCAGCCACUCUGUCGUCGGCUCUGGCCUCGCUGGUCAGCGCGCCCAAAGUCUUCCAGGCGCUCUGUAAGGACAACAUCUACCCAGGGCUGGGCGUGUUCGCCAAGGGUUACGGGAAGAACAACGAGCCCCUCCGCGGCUACGUCCUGACCUUCUGCAUCGGCCUCGCCUUCAUCCUCAUCGCGGAGUUGAACAUCAUCGCUCCCAUCAUCUCCAACUUCUUCCUGGCUUCUUACGCUCUCAUCAACUUCUCCGUCUUCCACGCCUCCAUGGCCAACUCUCCAGGUAGGUUUGACGUGGCCUUGCUUAGAGCUCGUGUAGUGAAAUUGACCAACUUUGUCAUGCCGCAGUGUUUGGUUCUGGCUGGUUAUCCAAACUCCCGUCCCGCUCUGCUGCACCUGGUUCACUCUUUCACCAAGAACGUCAGCCUCAUGGUCUGCGGUCACAUCAGGACCGUGACCCGGCGGCCGAACUUUAAGGAGCUGUUUCAGGAUCACGCUCGCUGUCAGCGUUGGCUCAAUAAAAAACGCAUCAAAGCCUUUUACGCUCCUGUUUUGGCCGAUAACCUGAGACAUGGCACUCAGCUGCUCCUGCAGGCGGUUGGUUUGGGUCGACUGAAGCCCAACACUCUGGUCAUGGGCUUCAAGAACAACUGGAGUGACGGAGACAUGAGAGACGUGGAGAUUUACAUCAACACUAUACAUGACGCCUUCGACCUGCAGUUUGGAGUCGUGAUCCUCCGACUGCCGGACGGACUGGACAUCUCUCACAUCCAGGGACAAGACGAGCUGCUGUCGUCUCACGAGAAGCCGCCAGUCGGCAGUAAAGACAUUCUGAUUUCUGUCAGUCUGGCCAAAGACUCAGAUUCUGACUCCUGUCCUUCAAAAACCACCAGCAACCAGAGCAGCCCGCUCAUCAUUAGAGAGACCAAGUCUCCGCUGAGUUUGACCGACCAGCGUCUGUUGGAGAGCAGCCAGCAGUUCAAGAAGAAACAGGGCAAAGGAACCAUCGACGUCUGGUGGCUGUUUGAUGACGGAGGUCUGACUCUGCUGAUUCCCUACCUGCUGACUAACCGGAGUAAGUGGGGCGACUGCCGGAUCAGAGUUUUCAUCGGCGGAAAGAUCAACCGGAUCGACCACGACCGCCGAGCGAUGGCCACGCUGCUCAGCAGGUUCAGAAUCGACUUCUCCGACAUCAACGUCCUCGGAGACAUCAACACCAAACCCAAGAAACACAAUAAGCUGAGUUUCAAGGAGCUGAUCGAGCCGUACAGGCUGAAGGAGGACGACAUGGAGCAGGAGGCUGCGGAGAGGCUGAAGGCCCAGGAGCCCUGGAGGAUCACCGACAACGAGCUGGAGCUCUACAAGGCCAAGACCAACCGUCAGAUCCGACUGAAUGAGCUGCUGAAGGAACACUCCGGCACCGCCAAACUCAUCGUCAUGAGCAUGCCUUUGGCCAGGAAGGGCACAGUGUCUAGCGCCCUCUACAUGUGCUGGCUGGAAACUCUGUCCAAAGACCUCCCACCACUGCUGCUGGUCCGAGGAAACCACCAGAGUGUCCUCACAUUUUACUCCUAACGCAAACAUACACUCUGUCAACGCACAAAUACACCGUGGGUGUGUGUGUCUGUGUGUGUGUGUGUCGGUCUUCGUGUAUAUUUAGCACACAUCUGCACAAGAACAGAGGUUUUAUUGUGGUUUAAGUUCGAGAGACUCUCCUGCUGUGAAGAGAAAGUACAUGUGUGGCGAUUCCCAUUAACGAAUUCAUUAACCGUGAAUCUUUAGGUGGCCGUUUGUAUUACUGUUAACAAUAACAGGCUGUAUAUUCAUUCUAUGGCUCCUGUGUGUUUCACAUGAAUGAGAGUAACUGCAGUAAAUAUUAAAAUGACAGGGUUUAUUUGUAAUGACGUUAUCAGAAUGUGUGUUCAGGUGUCCUACGAUUAUGAGGUGUUGUUUUUUUUUUUCAAGUGGCAAGACGCUGUAUGUCUGCUAACUUUAUUUUGUACUUUGUUUUAUUAAAAUAUUAACUUAACCACA